AUGUCCAUUCGAGUGAUUGGGAAGACAUCAUAUGUUGGUCAUAGAAGAUUCUUGCCAAGUAAUCAUGCAAUGAGAAGGGAUAUUCGAUUUGAUGGUAAAGUUGAAAGAAGACCUCCUCCAAGACGAUUUACUUGUGAAGAGAUAUUAUCACAAGUUAAUGCUCUCGAACCUCAAAAUCCCGGACAUCAUGAAGAUUUUGGAGGCGUGAAAUGUAGAAGAGUUGUAGAAACUUCUAAUUGGAGGAAAAAAAAAUUUGUUAAAGGAAUCAAGUUUCCUGAUGGAUUUUGUUCAAAUUUAAAGAGCAAAGUUUCUCCGGAUGAGUCGAAUAUCAUCGGGUUAAAAUCCCAUGAUUGUCAUGUCAUUAUGCAGCGAGUACUAGCGGUUGGUGUUCGUAAAUUUCUACCUCGUGAUACUGCAACCACUAUUACUCAGCUAUCUUUUUUUGACAUAAUGAUACAUUUGGUAUUGCAUUUGCCUGAAGAAGCUAUACUGGGUGGCCUGAUAUUUAUGAGGUGGAUGUAUCCUUUUGAAAGGUACAUGAAAAAAUUGAAGAAUUAUGUGGGAAACAAGGCACGUCCUGAAGGGUCAAUUGCAGAAGGUUAUGUUGCUGAUGAGGCAGUAACCUUUUGUUCAAUGUACUUUAAAGGGUGUAAAACAAGAUUUAAUCGUCUUGAUCGAAAUGAAGAUGCGCCUUCUGUGUCUCGCUAUCUCUCAGUUUUUAAUUCUCAAUCUCGUCCUUGGACUAGCGGAAUUAUCAAGCCUCUUGAUCGUAUUGGUCGUGAAAAAGCUGAGUGGUACAUUCUUCAAAGUUCCCCUGAAAUUCAAGCUUACUUAGAUGAACAUUUGGAGAAGAUCAGGCAUGAAUAUCCUAAUGGUAACCACGUUGUUUUGCAUAGGCAAACUUUCCGUCCGUGGUUUCAUAAGAAGAUAUAUGAGUUGCACAAGCUUGGAACUUUACAAAAUGGUGAUGAGUUACUCGCUCUAGCUUCUGGCUCCGAUUACUUAGCAACCUUUUAUGAAGAUGAGCCGUACAUCCUUGCUAACCAGGCCAAGCAAGUUUUCUAUCUUGAAGAUCCACUCAGAGGUCGCGAUUGGAAGGUUGUUGAAGAUAUUAGCCAUCGACAAUUUUGGGACAUUAAUGACAAUGAAGAUGAGACAGAUGUUGAUGUUGUUAAUGAUUCUAACUCGUCAAAUUUUGUGUUGACGGUUGAUCUUGGAGAGUUGAUUUGGUUAUCGAAUGAACCUCCAGUAAUUGUUGAAUCGUCCGAUCAGUUAGUGGAUUCUGAGAUAGAGAAUAAUGAACUUGAUGAAAAUUAUGCUGCCGAAGAAGUAGAUGAUUUACUAGUUGAACAUGUGGAGGAUGAAAAUGAAAACUUGGUGAAUGAUGGAAAUGAUAGUGAUUCUUCGGUGUAA